UCGUGACCGCAUGGUGGCAGUUUACUCUCAAGUUAGAUUAAAAAAAAUCCACUCGUCAAUAUUACAAGUUAAUAAUAAACAAAUAUCAUUAAAACAAAAAAUAUUAAUUGUAAUUAACAACUUAUAAUUUUAGUAAGUAAUAUUAGCGUAUAAAUAAUUAAUAAAUAUAACAAAAUAACAAUAAAUAUAUUUUAAUUGAUAUAAAAAUAAGUAGUGGCCUCUUGCGAGGCUUGAUGGUAACUAAGGUUAGACUGCGUUCUUUUCGCGGGUUAACAAGACAGUGCUACGCCUUUAUUUCAUCAUUAAAUAAAUAAAAUAUAUAUAAAUAAUAUUAUUAACAGUGUUAUAAAAAUAUAUAAAUUACUUUCAUGGAUAAUUACAAAUAAUUAAGUGACAGAAAUAAGUGAUAGGAAGUGUGGUUAGAAAAAAAAAAAGUAUAAGGCAGUGGGAAAAAAAAAAGUUUUUUUCUUUUUUCAGUUGAAACGUCAGUGCUGCCGCCUAGAGUCGCAUCAAGGCGAAUAUUCGAGACCAAGUAGAAGUCGUCAAAGACGAUUGGGCGACGUUCGUGUGCUGAAAUUUCCCGAUAAAAUAAAAAUAUCAUCCCAUUGGAUGGAUUUAUCAGGAUUGUGAUGAUAAAAUUUGAUAAAUAAAAUCCUGGCAGUUGUAUUUAAAUUUAAAAAUUUUAUAAAAUUUAUUGGAUUGACAGUGCAUCAGCCGGCAGAGUAAUUAGACACCUAAAAUGGCGGUGUUGUAAUCAACCAAUCAGAAAGGAGCUUACUGCUGCUCAUCGUCAGUCUGAUAGCUAUAGUACGAGACUAUAGAGCUGUUAACUUAGGGGAUCUCUACUUACUGUGGAUUGUAGAAUAUUGAAAAUUGCCCCUCUUGCAGCUCCGGUUCCCUCGCGUCCUACCAAACGCCAGCUCGCUCGUUAACUUGCUUUUUGUCUCGUCAACCAGCCAACCAACCAACCAAUACAACACAAGUUAAAUCAAGAGUGCGUUAGUGAGACGUUUUGUUGUUGGUUUUUUUGUUGCGCAUCAUCGUACACCAACCGGUUGAUUAUCUUGAUUAAAAAAAUUUAAAUUUUUGAAUAAAAUAUAUUUAUUUGAAUAAUAUUUUUACGGGACACCAUGAAAAUAUUAUAUUUGAUCACGUGACAGACACAAAUGUGGAUAAAAAAUGGCGCUAAGAUCAGAGUACAAAUAUGGGUUACAAUUUAUUAUUAUUACAAUAUCAUCAAUUGUAUUUGUUUACAAACGCGGGAUUUCAUAAACCACGUGUUAAGUGACAUUUAAUAUUAUUUUUAUUUUACUGUACAUGCUUUGUUUUAUUUUUUAUUUAAAUUCAAAUUUAAAUUUUGUUUUAUUUCAUCCAACAACAACAAGAUAAUUAUUUAAGUGUAAUAAUUAUUUAAAAUAAUUCUAAAAUGACGGGCAGAGGUACCGGAACUAAAAGACGUGGUCGGCCACCCAAGUCGGUGGUUAUGGAGAGACCGAAAAAAUUUCAAAUGCAAAAUUGUAAGAAGCCAAAAUAUUUACAAAAUAAAGGAACAGAUACUCCAAGUUCGCAGCCUAGUACUCCAAUACCAUCACGUGCUAAUUCCCCGCUGGGAAGUGAGUCGAGUAAACGCAGCACGCGGAGCAGAAAACCACGAGGAGGUAAAGCCAGAAAAGGUGGACAUGCUGGUCCAUAUUCAAGACGCGGCUACAAUACGAAUGUUGAUUAUCACGACUCAGAGUAUCACUAUGGCUCGGAUUUUGGAGAUGAGUCGAGUGAAAAGAGUGAAGCUGAAGACGACGUACUGCAGAGUGAUGUCGAGUCGUCGGAAUCAAUUGAAGAACCAGAUCCGUCCAGCGAUAGUGACUUUUCACUGUCUAGUUUCAGUAAUAACAGCGGCACACCAAGAAAAUCAUUGCUCAGUCAACAGAGACCACCUAGUCCAGAGCCACUUUGGUUACAAAACCGGGAACUGACACCACUGGAGUUGCCCAAGUCAUCAGAAGAUUUGCUGCUCGCCAAUGAGUACAUCAUGCCUUGCCUGUCAAUCUACGAAGUCCUGAGACACUUUCGUACCCUUGUACGUUUGUCGACCUUUAGAUUCGAAGACUUCUGUGCUGCGGUAAACUGCGAAGACCAGACAAAUUUGCUUGCUGAGAUUCAUAUCCAGUUGAUCAAAGCAUUACUACGCGAAGAAGACUCACAGCAGACCCACUUUGGUCCACUAGAUCAAAAAGAUUCAGUAAACGUGACUCUGUAUUUUGUUGACGCAAUGACUUGGCCGGAAGUGCUGAGGUCUUAUGUCGAGAGUGAUAAGAAUUUUGAUCAAAAUGUCCUACAAAUUUUACAGACAACUGAGUAUCCAUUUACGUCUAUUGACAAUCGUAUUAAAGUAUUACAAUUUCUUACAGAUCAAUUUUUGAUAACUAAUCCAGUACGUGAAGAUUUAAUUCACGAGGGUACGAUGCACUAUGAUGAUCAUUGUCGUGUUUGUCAUCGUCUGGGUGACUUGCUUUGCUGCGAAACAUGUCCAGCUGUAUUUCAUCUCGAGUGCGUUGAGCCACCACUGGUUGAUGUACCAACGGAAGACUGGCAGUGUAAUAUGUGCAAAGUACACAAAGUAAGCGGAGUCGUUGACUGCAUACCUGACGUUGAAAAAAAUGGUCUGCUGUGUCGUCAAGAGCAUUUGGGUUUCGACAGACACGGAAGGAAGUACUGGUUCUUAGCUCGACGUAUUUUUGUUGAGAGUGAAGACGGUAAAGUUUAUUACUACAGUACGGCAUUGCAGUUUGAAGAACUGAUAAAUUGUCUUGAUAAAAAUGAGAUGGAGGUUGCGUUAUACAGAGAGUUAUCUGAUUACAAGGAUGAAAUAACGCGACAAAUGGAAUUAACAGAAACAAUAACGAAUCAGUACAAGGGAAAUAAAAAAUCUUAUUUGGAGAUGGAGAACGCGGGUAUACUGAAGAAGAGGAAAGAGAAGGAAGAGGAAGAGAAGAAAGAAAAAGAACGUUUGAAAGCUGGUGGUGAUCCUGUCAAAAAAACUGAUGACACUGAUGGUGAUUCGUCAGCGACAAUCAAAACUGAACGAAUUAAAGAAGAACAGAUUGAUGAUUCUGCUAAUGAUAAAUCCAAGUCCAAUCCACCGUCAGAAGCCGGUGAGGAUGAAGACCAUGAUGAGAAAGUCGGCAAAGAUGGUAAAAAACACACCAUUGUCACCAGGUCCAAAACUGGUUCACUUACACCGCGUACUUUUAAUAUGGACGAUUUGAAAAGACGUACUGGUAACGAGUUAGACAAGUGUUUGAAAGAUGAUCCCGGGGAUAAUGGACGUGUUACUCGACAGAAAGCCCAUCAAAUAGCGACUGGUACUCAUCUAUUUAAACUGGGUAUGGAUUGUAAUUACAAAUCUUAUGUCAAUCAGUUCAGUACAAACCCAAUAGCUCUGAAUAAGCCGCAGAGAAAUGAAGAACGUGAUAAAAAACGUCAUUUGUCCCACAAGUUUUCGUUGACUCCAGCUUCGGAGUUUAAAUGGAUCGGCAGUUUAACGGGUACACGUGCGCUGCUUGUCAGUACGAUAAGACAGACGAUUCUUCAACUGGAGAGUAACAUCCAGGCGCCUUUUAUGCACACCAACUGGCCAUUGCUUAAAAAACCCUGGACUACUGCCGUUGGUUCCUGCUGCAUUCCACGUGAUUUUGCUCGCGCUCUGAUAGUACUGCAGGCCUGCAUUAAAUCCGUGGUGUUUGCCAGUGUCUGGCAUGAUCAGUUGGGUCAUGUUAAAUUGCAACGAGUCACUGCUUUGGAGCGGGAAGAAAAGAAACGUCAGGAUAAGAAAGAAAAAAAGGAAAAGGAAGAUGAAGAAGAGCGCAAUAGGUUGACAUUUAAUUUUGUCAAGUAUUCUUUGGGACUGAAGCAUCAAGUGUGGAAGCAAAAGGGUGAAGAGUAUCGGGUUCAUGGACAGUGGGGCUGGUUAUGGAUAUCAGCAAGUCGUCGUUAUAAAUCUGGUGAUACGUCAAAACUAGGAUUGAAAGCUGGCCCGCAAAAAAUAAUGGUACAAAUUCGUGAUAAUAAGGGAAUUAAAAUUCUAGCACUUGAUCCACCGACUUAUGAUUAUUUGAUGCAGCUUCAUGGACCAUCAGCCAGUAAAGUGAAGCAGGAAGAUGUCAAGCCAGAUAUCAAAGAAGAAAUAGAGUCCGAGUCUGAUGACAAGUCUGAUAUUAAUGAUAAAAAUAUUGAUAUUAAGACUGAAGUUAAAGACGAAAAUGACGUCAAGGAGGACAAAAAAGUACGGGUACCAUUUGUGGAAAAUAUGAAAAUUCAAAAAGUAUUUCCUCUGAUUGAUAAAUUUGAAGAAAUCGAUGUAACAAAAGCAUUUACGACACCCGGACGUCUUCAUUAUCCGAAAGUUGCUAAAAAAUCUCGUAUUGACGAUUUUUUAUCACGACGUGUUCAUCUAAAAUUACUUGAAGAAAGACGUUUAUCACAGACAGCAAAGCAUGAGGUUAAUAAUCAAGCUGUAAAAAAUGAAGACGAAACUGACAAUGAUGAGAAUAAUGAAGACUCUGGUAAUACAUCACUGCAGAGUAUUUUAUCUGGUAAAAUGCCGCCUAAAUCACUGGCACCACCAGUCAGAGAAAUGCUUAUCACUGUUGCUAAACGUAUCCAACAAGUCAGGAGUCAGUAUGCAGCAGCUAUGAAAAUUGGCAAAGGCAACAGCUGUUAUUCACGUUACUGUAACAUGACUGGACCAGCUUCUAAAACACCAAUUACACCACAAAGUUUGAAUUCGACCUGUUACUCCCCUAUGUGUCUGCAAAAAGCGAGACUCAAACGUGAUCUAGUUAAUUUAUUAAGACGCGCCAACGCACUUAAUAAUAAUCAGACAGCACCGGGUUUAGUUGCGCUGACAUCGACGGGUGUAAAAAAAAUAUCUGAGGUCACUCCUGCAAAAUCAGUCCAAGAUGACAACAAGGAUGCGAUCAAACGUGAUCUGGAGUCAGCUGUCGCUUCAGCGACUCACUGCUCGGAAGAAGUUCCCGCGACGAAUGUUGUCGUUGAUAAAGAGAGCCCGAAAGUUAAACGUAUUAAAUUAGAGGAUGAAAAUGUUGAUGUUGAGACGACUAGUACCGUUACGACAACGACGACGACCACCACCACGACAACCAAGUCUGUUAAAGUUGAUGGUGUUGUAAAAAGUAUUUCAGAAACUGAGGACACGAAUAAAUCUGUUGAUUCAACGGAAACGACAACUGUUAAUAGCAACAGUGGAUCGACGACGAUGAUCAUCAACAAACGUGGCAGGACUGUGCAACGUUCUACGGUUGCUAAAGAACUCAGUGCUGAUGGUACUGUAAGAAUUUACUCGACAGUAAGCACUGAAGGUAAAAUUUAUUUGAAAAAAAUCGCAGUCACGAGCGCAGAACGUAAUAGAAAAAAACGCGCACCUGUUAAGUAUCCGCUUUGCUCAACUUUCUGUACCAAAGCUAAGCAGAGGAGUAUAUUACUGUUGCCGCAGCAUGAGCUUAGAAAGUUGGGAAGAACUGGUGGGAAAACUCCAACUCAGGGAUUCCAUGCCCAGGCAAAGGCCAAUAUGUCGGUAUGGCCAUACCAGUGUCCAAGACCGCUGUUCAAAACCUGCUGGUUGUAUCGCACAGUUGGUUUAAAAUCACUAGCAGCUGCGGCACUUCAAUUAAGAAUACUCUGGGCAUGUCUGAGGUGGGAUGACAUGGUCGCGAAACCUCUUUCAGCUGAUGGCAAACAUCAGAUAACGACUGACACUGAAAUAAUGUCACUGGAAAUUUUAAAACAUCGACAUGUUGGACAAUUUAUGGACAGAGUUCAAUAUUUGAGACGCAAAGUUCUUAUUCCAUUGGAACUUCCUAAGCAAAUUCGGGAAGUAACGUCAAUACGCAGUGGAUUGAGGAAGCGUAAACGUCCGGAAUCACCACAGAGCACUGAGCCACAGGUUUCUGAGGAAUGGGUUGAUGAAGAUAAACUGGAACUGUGGGAAAUAAAACAGUAUGGAGACAGGUUAGAAAAGGCUAAUGCCCAGAUUAUUACUAGGAGUCGUUCGGGUCUACCACAAAGUGGUUCUAUUAAUCGUGGAUCGUUGGCGGGUUCGGGUGAUCAGCUUAGUGGUAAAGCAACACCGGAAGAAAUAAAAGAAAAAUUGGAGCAGCAGUUGAGAAUGCAACGUGCUGCUCAUCAGCAAAAACGAGCUUUGGAGACACUUAAAACUCCUUCGAAUUCGUCACCUCAACUUCUUAAAGUUACAACGAAUGCAAAUCAAGAUGGCGGAAUUAAAGUUGUGUCUAAAGUUGCCAUCCCAGUUAAUCCAAAUACUCCUCAAGGAAAAUCACAAUUGACAUCCUUAUUGACAACUCCAAAUCAAAACAAAACAUUCAUUGGCACACGUCGUAUAUUCAUGACCAAGUCAGCAGACGGAACAACACGAAUGGUGUCUGGUCCAACAAGUAUUUUACCCAAGUCAACAUCAUCACCAGCAAACGUUAAUCAACAGUCAUUGAUUAAAGCCGCCACUCCAAAUACCCCAGUCCAACAAGUACAGCAGCGUGUUCAAAUUUUACGCGGACCAGAUGGUAAAUUACAAGUCCGUGGGUUGAUGCCAGGACAGCAGCUCGUCCAAAUGCCCGAUGGUAAACUUCACGUGUUAAAUACAACUCCAACAAUCGCUGGGUCUGUUGUUACGACAAGUAACACAACAACUACAACCGUUGCAUCACCACAGACUAAUGUUAAGACAGUAACGACAAAAUUAACGCCAGCAAAAGGUACAUUAGUUAAAGGAAUCGUUCAAAGUCAACCAACACCAACAACUCCAUUGACCUCACGUAUAAAACCAGCAGCUGUGGCUGUAGUUUCUAAUGCCAGUGGUGUUUUAACACCACAAAAAAAUACAAUUAUCAUGGCUAAUUCAGGGCAAAUUCAAUUACAAGGUCAAGUUAUCACUACUGGAGGUCAAGUUAUAAAUGCAAAUCAAAUAGUUGUCAAUAAUGCUAAUUUAGCUCAACAAUUAGCCAGUGGUAAAGCACAAAUAGCAACUGUUGGUGGUCAUCAAGUCAUAAUAAGAAGUACAGCAACAGGAAAUCAAAUUGUUCAUUUAAAUCAAGCGAGUCCUGGUAUUAUUGUUAAAACUAAUACACCUAAAACACCAAUAGCAGCUGUUCAAACAACUACUUCAACUGCUGCUAGUCAAACACCAGUGACACCUACAACACCAGCAAAUACAAUUGUCCAAACUCAAGUUAAUAAUAUAACACCAGCAGUAACUACUCCAGCUGCUGUACCAGCGACAACUGCUGCUACUCCAAUAGCAGCGACAACAGCAGCAGCAUCACCAGCAGCAACAACAACAUCAUCGAGUAUUCCAGCAGCUACAGAAGCUUCGUUACUGGCUUCUCAACCACCUGGUACUGUAAUUAAAUGUGUAACCGCCCAAGUUAUACAGACAACUCAAGGACCUAGGAUUGUUCUCCAAGGUCUCCAAGGUGCUGACUUUACUCCUCAGCAAUUGACGAUGGUUCAGCAGCAAGUCAAGCAGCAGUUAUUGAAAGCUCAAGCAACGACAGGCAAACAAGGAGUACUAGGACCAACUAAAAUUUAUCUCGCUGUUCAACCAGCACCUGGAGCAGCUGCUCAGCCAUCAACGACUACAUCACAAACUCCUACUACUACAACUACAACAGAAACUCCUGCAGUCACGGCGCCUGUUGCUACGACUCCAGUUAAAACUCCAGCACCACUGACUCCAAUAAAAGUUGAGAAAAAUAUCGAGACUCCUAAAGUUGCUGACAAACCUAAAGUUGUUGUUCAACAAGUCAGCAGGACAAGUGUCUCUGAAGAUGAACCUCAACGUACUGGUUUGGCUAAUGGACAGCAACCGACAUCAACACCAGCAUCAACACCAAUACCAACAUCAACACCAGCAACAGUGACAGCGACACCCAAUAAAGAUGUUAAAAUAAAGAGUGAAGAAGAUAAAGACACGUUUAUUGUUACGGAAGAUUAUAUUGAACACUCAGUAAGAAUAGCAUUGAAGCAGGAGAAUUUAAACCCUGAGAUAGCGGAAAAAUUGUUGAAAUUCCAACGCUAUAGGGAGAGAAGCAAAAAAGAUGCUGAGAAUUCGAUUACAAAUGUGCAUCAUAAUUUAACACCAGUAGCGCGCACUCCCUCACGUAAAAGACCAGCAGCAGUUACUGGAGGAGUAACGACGACAGCAUCAACGACAUCAGCAGCAUCACGGGAGUCAUUGCAGACGAAUGAUAAAAAUAAUGAAUGGUCUGAGACGCCACGUAAAAAGGUGAUGAUAAAACAAGAGCCCAAGGAAUCACCGAAGAUGGGGAAAGUUGAGGACAGCGACAGUGUCAACAGCAACGUCACUGGAGGUAAUGCCAACGUCAGUGUCAACGAAGCAGCGGCAGCGGCGCUGAAGAAUCGAUCAUCGAAAAUAAAAGAUUCACAGGAAGCGCGAAGGAAGCAGCAGGUACAUUCUCGCAUGCAAGUUCUACUUUUUCGUCACAAAGAACUUCUCAAAAAGGAUAUACUGAAAAAACGUGCACUGCUGGAGAAGGAAUUACAGAUUGACAUCCAGAAGGAUCUAUCCUCGGAGUUGACAACCCGGACCAAGGCUGAGAGGCACAAACAGGAUGAGGUUAAAGUCGGAAGCGCGAAACGCAAAGCCAACGCACAGGUGCCGACCCAAGUCAGUCCAAGUCGCAGCGGAGGUAAAUCUAAAAAACAUCGCGCGCCGAGUCAUCAUCAUCAUACGCCGCCUGGUGGAUCAUCAUCGGCGGGAAAUCGUUUGAAAAAAGAAAAACUUUAUUGCUUAUGUAGAACACCCUACGAUGAAACGAAAUUUUACGUCGGGUGCGAUCUAUGUAAUAAUUGGUUUCAUGGUGAAUGCGUUGGUAUUACGGAGGAAAUGAGUAAAUCACUUUCAGAAUUUGUUUGCACUGAAUGUCGACACGCUAGAGAUACUCAAGAGCUGUAUUGUCUUUGCAAGCAGCCUUAUGAUGAAUCUCAAUUCUACAUCUGUUGUGAUAAAUGCCAAGACUGGUUCCACGGUCGUUGUGUUGGAAUAUUACAGUCUGAAGCUGAUAAUAUUGAUGAAUAUGUUUGUCCCAAUUGCCAAAAAAAUUCGUCUGUUAAUUUUGCAAAUAUGAAAAACCUUGAUAAUAAAGAUUUUGAGUUGUUGAAGAAACUUAUUAAACAAAUGCAGGCUCAUAAAAGUGCCUGGCCGUUUAUGGAACCUGUAGAUCCAACUGAGGCACCAGAUUAUUAUAAGAUAAUUAAAGAACCUAUGGAUCUUCAGACAAUUGAAUUCCGGAUAAACAGCCGAUCAUACAAGAAAUUAAGUGAAUUUAUUGGUGAUAUGACUAAAAUAUUUGACAACUGUCGUUAUUACAAUCAAAAAGAGUCGCAAUUUUUCAAAUGUGCCGAGUCACUAGAAACAUUUUUCGUCCACAAAAUCAAGAGCUUACGGGAAAAAUUUUCUGAAGGAAAAUGAGCGGCUUUUUAAAUUAAACAAACAAUAAAUAAAUAAAAAAAAACACUACAGUGAUUUUUAAAAUAAUUCUUGAUAAAAUAAAAGAAUGCAAUUUUAAAAUAAUAUUUAAAAUAAAAGAAUUAUUUUUAUUUAUUAGAGUCGUGUGAAUGUUGACAUAAAAAAAGUAUAUAAAUAAUUAAUUAAUAUUUUCUAGUGUAAAUUAAUAUUAAUCCCAUCGAUGUAAAGUUUAAAGUUUUAACAAGAAAUUUAAAAUAAUUUUCUUGUUAAAAUUCACGGCGAUAAAAAUUUGACAUUUUUGUAAUAUCAAAUUUACAAUUAUAUUUUUUUUUCUUGUUUAUAAAUGCAUUGAAAUUAUUAGAAAUAGAUAAUAAAGUAAUUUAAUAAAAAUAAUAUUGUCUAUAAAACUUUAAUUUAAAUCAUGAUCAAUUUACUGUCAGUAACAAAUACGCGGCAAUGAUCACACAGUAUAAAAUUUAAAAAAAAUACAUAUGAAAAUUGAGAUCUACUCCAUUGUAAACAAACUUUCGUGUCCUUUACAAUAUUAUAAUAAAAAAAAAUCAUAUAUAUAUAUAUAAUGAUAAUGAUAAUUAUAAAAUAGGACGCGCAUAAUAAAUUGUACAAAUUUGUUUAUUAUGCUCACAAGUAAUUAAUUAAUCAAUUAAUCAACGUUGUUUUAAUCAAAUAAAUUUUCUAUAAAAUUGUUUAUAAACGGUGACAUAUGAUGUUAGAUUUUAAGACUACGAAAUGACU